AUGUCUACUAUGAUUUCGAGUCAGCCACACAGACUCUUUAAUUUUGAGGGGGACGAUGCUGAAUAUUGCAAAUUCCUUGAACAAAAGCUUCUUCGAGUUCAACAGUUGUAUCCCGUCACCGGUCUUUCGACAACGCUCGCGGGGCAGAUUUACCCAGCCAACAGCGAGGUCCCGGCGAUUGAACCAUCUUUGGCUUCUGAGGCCUCGCAUAAUCUCGCGAACAGUACCGCAAACAAUACUAGUAUAUACCCAGUAGCUAACAGCGCUACCCCGACAGUUGAACUAUCUUUGCUCUCUAGAUCCUCUCAUCCCACAAACAGUCCCGUUCAUACGGCAAAUCAUAAUGGCACCCGAGAAGAGUCUACGCUGGAAAUCAUUCCUUACAAACCUGAACCUACCUCCUCUGGCACGAUACGGACUCGCAGGAGCAGAUGGAGUAUAGAAGUCGAUAACUUUCUCUCCAAUAUUCCAAAAGAUUGGAGCGCGCUGCAAGCCAUUACUCGGGAGGAGGUGUACCGUCUGCUACUUAACUGCGAAAUUCACUUUCAUAACGGAAAGAAUGUUCCCGCGAACAACAGUAUCGAUGUUCCUACCGGGCUUGAUCCGUUGGCUACACACUGUUAUAAAUAUGCCUUGAAUACCUCUAUUGCGCUCGAGCAACACUUCGCUUAUGGGAGUAUAUUAGGCCUUCGUGUCAUUAUCGUGGGCUUGAUGUGCUCGGUGAUGCGAAAGCGCGGAGCAUCAGUUAAGGCGGUUAACCCGAUACUGAAAGCCUGCUUGCCCAGGUCCGAAAAGAUACAGGAUAGAACUCUGAUGGAAAUUCGAGCAGCCGCAAGGUGGGCCAAUAUACUUGUGUUGCAACUUGCUAAGAGAGGAUGGGGAAACAGAAGUGCAGAAAUCUUUUUUCGGUUUGGGCGAAGCAUCUACCAGAAUAUGCAUAUGUGCAAGAACGCGGAGAGCAGAGAAGUAUUGAUGGCGGCACUCGACAGACAAAAGAAACCCGUCCCACAAUUAAGCGAAGAUCAGAUGCAGGUCUCCUUUCCUUGCAUAUUGGGUGUUCUUGGGAAAGACUUUAUCACGCUGAAGGAUAUCUGUGAGGAGCUCUCCUGUGAAACGCCUUCUGGUGAAAAGCUUUCUUAUAAUUAUGAACACACUGUUCAAACCUACAAGCGGCUCUAUACUCCCUGUUCAGACGACGAGACAGCUUAUCCCAGUCCGCCACCGAUAAACCUCAGCGAUGAUGAUAGUGGAGAGGUUGAAAGUGUUGCAGAGGCCCAGAGUCCAUUCACGCCACCAUCAGGCCGGUCUGAAGGCGAUCUCAGUGACUAUGGACCUCACCCCGAAGGCGACUCGAAUGAUAGUGAGACCGACCCCGCGCCUCCCCCCCAAACGAACCAGGGGACCGAUACUUUUCAGGUGCUUGUGGAAGCUGCAGAGGCCUGCGCGAAACAGACGAACAAGCGACCCUACCCGGCAGACAUUGGUAGCCAGUGCCGAGAUUCGCAGCGAAGGAGAUUGAGCGAGCAGACGGAAGGCGAUAACUCUUCUACCAGCAGCAUUCCCUCACCCCGACCUGGUGAGGCAGGAUCCAAGAGCAACAGGAAUCUUUCCCAAGAUUCAUCAUACUCGGCCGCUGAAGUGGCGUCUGAACCCAGGCAGCAGCUGUUUCCAGAGAAUGAUGCCAGGCGAUCUCCCAGAGCAAAUAAUACUACCUUGUCGAACGCGGCGCAACAGCCUACGGGGACGCCAUUUCAGUUGGAUCCAAAUUUUACGAUCGACCCCGCGUCCUUGGAUAAAUCGGCACCAUAUCAGUCACCUCAGAGAAGGAUAAUUCGAACACAUACAAAUACAGCUACAAGUAUAGAAUAUGAUCCAUUUGCUGGUGCGGAUUCUCGCAUCCCACCAGUCUUUCAGAACAUGGUCGAUACAAGUCGCCAGGAACAUACGGAAAACUUCUCGAUGCUACUAGGUGAUGUUGACAUAGAGGAGUUUUCGAUGCUACCGGGUAAUGUUGAUACAGAAGGGUCCAGACAGAGUUGA